GUUGCUUUCGUAGAUUUUAUGUGAUCGUGUAUUCGUGUGGGGAUAUGGAGAUCAUUUUGGAUUCGGGUUUUGGGUGAACGGGUUUGGUCAGUGGAGGCUGUAACGCUCUUCUUUGUAUUUGCAUGCGCGAGGUUGAAAUUGAAUCGCGGUUAACGUCUUGUGUUAUGAAUAUACAUUUAGUUUUGUUUCUGGCUCUGAACAUGCGGAGGUUUUGACUUUGUUAUGAGCUACUACACCUAGUUGAAGUGAUUUAGGAUUGACUUUGGGUUACUUCAUCUAUUGUCCUGGAGGGUCUAAGGUUGGGAUUGGCAAUGACUGGUGGAGGUAAUGGUUGUUGAAUGAGGAUGCAAACAAUAGGGUCUCAAGGUGAUGGAGGUAGCAAUGGUAAACAGUCUCAGUUUCAGCCAUUGGCGAGUCAAAACUCGAUGUAUAGUCUUACUCUUGAUGAGGUUCAGAAUCAAUUGGGUGACUUGGGGAAGCCGCUGAGCAGUAUGAAUCUUGAUGAACUUCUGAAGAAUGUAUUUGCUGCCGAGGCUCAUCAAUCUAUGGGUCGAGAAAUCGAGGAUCCCACUUUGGCCAAUCAAAAUGCUCUGCAGCGUCAGGCAAGCCUAUCAUUGACUAGUGCUCUGAGCAAAAAGACGGUUGAUGAGGUCUGGAGAGACAUUCAACAGACCAAGAAUAACAGGGAAAAGAAGUCUCCAGAAAGGCAGCCUACUUUGGGAGAGAUGACUUUGGAGGAUUUCUUGGUAAAAGCGGGAAUUGUAGCUGAGGCAUCUUUGGAUAAGAAGGGUGGUUGUCCCAUUGUUGGAUCUGAUCCACAACAGUUCCCACAACAAGGUCAGUGGCUGCAGUACCCACAUCCACAAUACCAACAUCCACAACAAUGUCAACAAAGCAUGAUUGGUGUUUAUAUGCCUAGUCAACCCAUACCACAUCCAUUGCCUGUGGGAGCUGGUGCCAUUUUGGAUGUUACUUACGCAGAGAACCAGGUGGCAUUGUCUUCACCUUUGAUGGGAACAUUGUCAGAUGCACAAGCAGCUGGCCGGAAAAGAGGCACUCCAGAGGCUAUGGUUGAGAAAACUGUUGAAAGGAGGCAGAAGAGGAUGAUAAAGAAUCGGGAAUCCGCUGCUCGUUCCCGUGCAAGGAAGCAGGCUUACACGAAUGAAUUGGAGAACAAAGUUUCACAUCUUGAAGAGGAAAAUGAAAGACUCAGGAAACUUAAGGAGAUGGAGAAGUUGUUGCCAAGGUCACCUCCAGAGCCCAAGUAUCAACUUCGCAGGACUGCAUCAGCCCCAUUCUAGCACUUGCCAGUCCAAAAAAAGUUUUGUAGAUAUGAAAUUCCCUUCCCAGUCAGUCCUCUUUAGUUUCUCCUAUGAAGGAGCAUCUGUCGUUUGCUUUUGCUGCUGACAGUUUGCUUUCUGCUUGUAUCUAUUUGAUAUAGAAACAUCCCUGGAAGUGAUGUAAUUUUAUGUACUAGUUACAUCAACCAGCGGUUUGAGUCGCACGGGUACAACCUAGAGAACCUAGAGAUCCCGUGCGAUCUAGA